AUGGACCUUUGGCGGAUCAAACCAUCUCAGUGGUGCCUAGGAGGUGAGCAUUGGUACUACCAGCAGUAUGUACUGUCCUCCCUACUCUUCUGGCUGUUGCUUCGUCUCUGCCUGAACGGCAAAGGUGUCAAAUUCGUUGCUUAUCUUCUACGGAGAGCCCCCAAGAGACCUGAGACCUGCAAGUCGACGCCAACAUCGACGCCGGGCAUGAUGCUACACAGCUAUGUCCUUCUACUGUCCACCUCAUUCAUCUCCCUGGCGGCGGGUGCUUGUCACUACCAAUCCCCAGCCUUUCCUCCUCCGGCCUACACCAAGCCAUGCCCGGAGCUGUUGGAGGCUUUUGGCCGCAUCGAGGCGUCCGUCUCGGCUCUGGUAACGGACCCCAGUUUCAAUACCUCGUCUUAUUCGAUCGAAGUCACUUCUGCAAAGUCGACCUUGUGGGCCACCUUCCACACCGCGGCGGACAAGGAUCCGGUACGACCGGGGGCAGAAGAAGUCAACGGAAACAGCACCUACCGUAUUGCCAGCAUUACCAAGGCGUUUACCGUCCUGGGCAUUCUCCAACAACAGGCUGCAGGGAAUCUGAGCCUCGACGACACGGUUGAUAAGUACAUACCACACCUGGGAGAUCGUCAGAACGGAACCAUCCCUUGGAAGGACAUCACCCUGCGAUCUCUAGCAAGCCAAUUAAGUGGACUUCCAAGAGACUGGGCUCAAGGUGACUUGGUGACAGAGCUAUCCGAUCCAUCAGCAAUCGGCCUUCCCCCUGCAACCCUGUCGGGUCUGCCACACUGCGAUUCCUUUGGCAGCUACAGACCAUGUACGGAACAGGAGCUUCUACAGACCAUCCAAAGCAAACCUCCUCUUUUCGCCCCCAAUCAAAAGUCGACCUACUCCAAUAUUGCUUUCGAGCUUCUGGGGCUCGUUCUAACCCAUGUCACUGGCGUGGCCUAUGAGGACUAUGUCCAAACCGCCAUCCUAGGGCCUCUGGCGAUGACUGGCACUUCGUUCACGAAGCCUUCAGAUUCCGUCGCGGUUCUACCUAAGAAUGUCAGCUGGUAUUGGGAUGUUGAUGAAGGAGCUCAGAACCCUACCGGGGGGCUGUAUGCCUCAUCCUCGGACAUGUCCAAGUUUCUCCGCUAUGUUCUCUCCCAUUUCAACGGCAUCACUCACACCCUCAAUUGGUUGCAGCCUGCGUCAUUCACCGCCGGCCUCAACUCAUUCUAUGGCGUGCCCUGGGAGAUAUUCCGUACCAACAGGAUCCUAGACCACCCUGAUCGCGUCGUCACCAUCGCCACCAAAGGGGGCGGUCUCCCCGGCUAUGUUACGAAUAUCUUGCUAGUACCAGAGUACGAGCUGGGAAUUACCAUCCUGACCGCAGGUAAUGAAACACUGUUGGCGCACCUGAUUGAGUUAGUAACGGUACCUCUGAUCCAGGCGGUCGAUCAGGUUGCACAACGUCAAAUCAACCGUACAUACACGGGUACGUACAGAGCGUCUGGCCUUAAUUCAUCUGUGACUCUGUCGUAUUCUGGGAAUCAUGGCCUCGAGAUAAGCGAUUGGAUCUCCAACGGGACGGAGAUGCUCACUGCAUUACCAAAGUACUUUCAUAUCCAAGGGGGUGAAUAUCAUGCGCAGCUUAUGCCGACUCUACUCUUCCGCGACCAGGACAAUCAGGCUGGCGAGCUCUGGAGAAUACUCAUUCUUCCGGGCCGCAGCCCUCCGCACAAAGCAAAAGUCUGGGAUGAUUUCUGUAUCAGUGACGUUGACACUCUGAUGUAUGCCGGCCAGCCGUUGAACGAGCUUGUGUUUUGGGACCCGGGCCAGGACGGAAGAUUUGACGCCGUCGAACUGACUGCCUUCAGAAUUUCGAUGACUCGAGACAGAAGGGAAGAGAUAAAAGACAAAAAGCUGUCAGUGCAAGAGUUGUAG